AACCAAAACGCACACCAGUUUUCCUCUCUUGUUCUUCCGUGUUCUUCUCCUCUGCUUUGCGUAUUGACCUCUCUCUCUCUCUCUCCUCCCGAAAACGACGUCGCCGAAUACCGAAUUCCUUUAGAUUAUCUCUCACCGGAGCUACGCAGAUAAAAUCGUAAAUAUCAUUUCCCUCCCAGUUUUUGUAUUGUUAUUCCUUUUGUAGCCGUCUUCUCUUUCCAUUUCCUCGAACCUCGCUGCUUUCCGUUUUGCUAGUCGGAAUGAUGUCGCCGAGUAUUGCUGGAGCCCUCGCCGCUGACGAGGGAAUAAUCUGAUCGGGUGGUUUUUGAUUUUUUUUUUGGUGAUUUGAUUCUACUACAUGCAUCCUUUCUGCUGCGUCUCCACCGUCUCCGACCAUUCUCCGGCGAAAGCGUCAGCUUCUGCGUUGACGGAGCUCUCCAUGCCUCAGGUGACAUCGCUCUCCUCCAGAUCCGAUUCGUCCGGGCGAUUGGUAAACCAUGUUGGUAACCACAACCACAAUCACAGCCAAUCCUACAGUCAAAAUCACAAUAACAAUCACAACCACAACCAGAGUCAGAAUAGCCACAUCGGAAACAACGAUUACGGCCGGCUGAGCCAGAGGACGACCGCUGCCGCUGCCGCCGCUGCCGCCGCGGCCAUGGCUGCGGCGGAGGCCCUGUCGCGGCCUCCGUCGGCGAGGGAGCAGCCGCUGGACGUGAAGAUCAACGAUCUCGUCGGAAAUGGAGUCUCCGGGAUACUAUAUAAAUGGGUGAAUUACGGCAAAGGCUGGCGACCUCGGUGGUUCGUUUUGCAGGAUGGAGUCCUCUCGUACUAUAAGAUUCACGGUCCCGAUAGGAUCGUCGUCAGCCAAGAGACGGAGAAAGGUUCCAAGGUCAUUGGUGAGGAAUCGAAUCGAAGGAUUUCUCGCCAGAAGAAUGGCAGCACCUCUCACAACCAGCACCGGCGUAAGCCGUUCGGUGAAAUUCAUCUCAAGGUUUCAAGCAUCCGCGAGAGCAGAUCCGAUGACAAGCGGUUCUCGAUCUUCACUGGCACGAAAAGGCUUCAUUUGAGGGCGGAGACGCGUGAAGAUCGAUUGGCGUGGAUGGAAGCAUUGCAGGCUGUGAAGGACAUGUUCCCGCGGAUGUCAAACAGCGAGCUAAUGGCACCAAUCGACAAUGUGGCAGUGUCGACGGAGAAACUGCGGCAGCGGCUUGCUGAGGAGGGCAUCACAGAGGCAGCAAUCCAGGACAGCGAGCAGAUAAUGAGGAGUGAAUUUGCCGCUCUGCAGAACCAGCUUAUGCUGCUCAAGCAGAAGCAAUGGCUCCUCAUGGACACGCUGCGACAGUUAGAGACAGAAAAAGUUGAUUUAGAGAACACAGUGGUUGAUGAGAGUCAAAGACAGUUGAAGGAUUGCGGGGUGUCUUCUAGAUUAAGGCACGAUAAAUUUAGUGAAGGAAGCGCAAGUGAGUCUGAGGAUGAUAAUGAAAGAGUUGAUGCUGCAGAGGAAGAAACAGAUGAUGAAGAGAACACCUUUUUUGAUACUCGUGAUUUUCUAUCAUCAAGUUCUUUCAAAAGCAAUGCGUCUGACUACCGGAUAUCAUCAUUUUCUUCAGAUGAUGAUGGCCUUUAUGCUGUUGAAUCUGAAGAUGAUAUUGAUCCGUCCAUUAAGUCUGUUGGGACUAACUAUCCCUAUGUUAAGCGGCGUAAGAAAUUGCCCGAUCCUAUUGAAAAAGAAAAGGGUGUUAGUCUUUGGUCAAUGAUCAAGGAUAACAUUGGGAAGGACCUCACUAAAAUUUGUCUUCCUGUUUACUUUAAUGAGCCUCUUUCCUCUCUACAAAAAUGUUUUGAAGAUUUGGAAUACUCGUAUCUCCUUGACCGUGCUUAUGAAUGGGGAAAAAGGGGUAAUGGCCUCAUGAGAAUUCUAAAUGUUGCUGCUUUUGCCGCAUCUGGUUAUGCUUCAACUGAAGGAAGAAUUUGCAAACCUUUUAAUCCAUUAUUAGGGGAGACGUACGAGGCUGACUAUCCAGAUAAAGGCCUUAGAUUUUUCUCAGAAAAGGUCAGUCAUCAUCCUAUGGUAGUUGCUUGUCAUUGUGAGGGUACAGGAUGGAAAUUUUGGGCAGAUAGCAAUUUGAAGAGCAAAUUCUGGGGUCGUUCAAUUCAGCUUGAUCCUGUUGGUAUUUUAACUUUGGAAUUUGAUGAUGGAGAAGUUUUUCAGUGGAGCAAGGUGACAACAUCAAUUUACAACCUCAUAUUGGGUAAGCUAUACUGUGAUCACUAUGGUACAAUGCGGAUACAAGGAAGUCAUGGCUAUUCAUGUAAGCUAAAAUUUAAGGAGCAGUCCAUUAUUGAGCGAAAUCCCCACCAGGUACAAGGCGUAGUCCAAGAUAGGAAUGGGAAGACAGUGGCAACACUAUUUGGAAAAUGGGAUGAGAGCAUUCAUUAUGUAAGCGGAGACUGUUCUUGUAAAGGAAAAGGAUUUGAGUCUUUGUCGGAAUCCCAUCUCCUCUGGAAGAGGAGCAAGCCUCCCAAGUUCUCUACAAGAUAUAACUUGACACGCUUUGCCAUCACCCUGAAUGAACUGACCCUUGGUUUGAAGGAGAAGUUGCCCCCAACAGAUUCGAGGCUUAGACCGGAUCAAAGGUAUCUGGAAAGUGGGGAGUAUGAAAUGGCAAAUUCGGAGAAGUUACGGCUGGAGCAGAGGCAACGGCAGGCUCGGAAAAUGCAAGAGAGCGGUUGGAAACCACGGUGGUUUGUAAAAGAUAAAGGGAGCGAUACUUAUCGUUACCUUGGCGGAUACUGGGAGGCCAGAGAACAGGGAAACUGGGAUUCAUGUCCUGAUAUAUUUGGCCAAUUCCCUUCUGAUCAGCUAGUUGACUAAAAAGGUCGUUGCGGGUCUUCCGAUUUGUCAAUUCUUUUGCAAUUUUUUUGAGUAGCUCUCAGCAUUCUGGCUUUCUCAAGGAAUUGGAUGUAAGUAAAUUAGAUCAUAGGUUUGAAAGUAGGUAAUAAAAGAACAUUUUUUCCCUUUUAUUUGACUCUCCAUUCAUUACACAAUGUGGGUAUGAUCAUAGCGCCGGAGCCAACAGCCUCUUAAGAGUCAUGUUGUUCUGAGUAUUAUCGUAAAUCCCAGAAGAAAGUGAAAAAUUCUUACGAACUUACGAGUCAUUGCACAGUUCGUCGGUCCUACAUCAUGUUUAGGUGAUUCUUUUGUGGUCUCUAUUGACAAGAUGUUAACAGAGACUUGGAGAGGAAAACCCCUCUUUAUGACUUUGACAAAUUUUGAGGUUUAGAGUUUAACCUCAUUCUAACUUUCUACCUGAGCUUCCAUGUGCUAACAAAAUUUUCAGAUUUUUAUGUCUGAAUUUUAUUGAUGGAUUUGUUAUUCAAGGGAUUAUAAUGAAUGUUCUAUUCAUAUUUUCUGGAAAUUAUUCU